AUGGCAGCUGAGCCAUCCACAGAAGUUCCAAAAACUGCUAGACAAUCCGUUCUUAAAGAGGAGGUAAUCGUAGAAAGAAGAUGGUUGAAGCUUGAAGAAACAACUUACACUGAUCCCUUUGGUAAAACCAGAACCUGGGAAACUGUAAAGCGUACUGGCAACAAAAAGGGUGUUUCAGCUGAUGGUGUAGCAGUGAUAGCAGUACUACAGAGAACUCUCCACUACGACUGCGUUGUCCUGGUGAAACAGUUCAGGCCCCCAAUUAACGGCUAUUGCUUGGAAUUUCCUGCAGGCCUCAUUGAGGAAAAUGAGACUGCAGAAAGCGCUGCGUUGCGAGAGCUGGAGGAAGAAACCGGCUACAAGGGGGAAGUCGUGGAAUGCACUCCAG